AUGGGAGCUAUCUGUAGCUCUUCUCAUAAGCAGGGCGGUGAUCACAUUUCUCUCAGCAAAUCCAUCACAACAACACAAGGUGGCCAUCACUCCCUUAAUACAUUCUCGCCCAAGUUUCAAUUUGGAAGGGACAAGCUAUCAAGAACCUCCAUCACCAGUGAGGAAUUUGAGAAUAUUCAAGUGAGAGCCUCAGCAGAGAUGAAGAAGGCAAGCUCCUUCCGAAUACCCAAUGCUAGAGUGAGCUUUAUUGGCUUGAAUAAUUAUCAAUCUGUAUCACCUUCCAAGGCCAAAUCACAGGAGGAAUUAAAUCUCGAAUUGUCAACCUCCUUCCUUCCUCAACAUUUACUAUAUUGCCUCCGAUAUAUAUAUUAUGGAGGCGAGGGUAAACAAUAUAAGGUAAAGCUAGGACAUCACCUUCAGAAAACAAAUUCCAAUGAAGGUCUCGAUACAGAGAGUAAAUUCUCUAGUUUUCUCUCUGUUAGUACUGGAUCUGCUUCUAAUAAGGGAUCUGACCGUCCACAUUCUCCUUCACUACCACCUGGUCCAACAUCACCAAUCCCUAAUAAUAAUGUUGUAAAUAAUAGUGAUUCUAAUAGUAGAUCUUCAUCACCUAUGGAAGAGGAAAAGAUGAAGUUACUCUCACCUGUGAGUGAAUUUUCCUAUGAAACAUGUAUAUUACUUAUUGAAAUGAAAGGAUUUUCAAAAAUUGUGGACUCCUUCUAUCAUGAAAAGGAUACUUGCAACGUUUCUGAAAUAUCAAGAUAUAUCUACUAUGUGUACACUAGUUUAAUUGCUGUAAUAUAUGAAAUGGGUGGAGAUAUUGAAAAAUUUCAAGGAGAUUUGAUUAUUUGUCAAUUCUACUCACCUAGGAUGGAUAGAACUUUCACAGAUUCAAUUCUUGCAGCUGUAAAAUGUGGAAUUAAAAUUCAAACCAUGACCAAUUUGAAAACUUACAAAUCAAAUGACACACCAUUGGAGGUGAAAUGUGUUAUUAAUGUGGGUGAGUGUACUUCCUAUCAUUUGGGAGGUUUUGGAUCUCAAUGGUUGAGAAUUUUCGGAGGGGAAGUUUUACUAAGGGUUAGGGAAUUGUUGAAAGAGUGUAAACAAGGUAAUGUUUAUAUUAGUGGUGAUAUAUUUGAAAAGUGUAGGCAAUUUUUGAGGGCUAAUGAGGAAUCACCUAAUUUAUUUCAAGUUACAUCACUUUCGAGGGAUAUUUCUUCUCAUCCACUUGACUCUGUUUCCUUCCAUUACACUUUUGCAAAUGCUCUCUACCUGUUCAUGAACAGAAAUGUACUGUAUGAAGGCUUUGUUUUUGGUCGUCCUCUCCUCUUUUUAACAGCAAUUUGUUGA